AUAGAUAGCAUAUGUGACAACAAUCAAUAAUUUCGCUUUAAAAAACACAAAAACGAAAUUGUAAAGGCGCAAAAUGGGAACAAUCCCAAAGAAAACGUUACAAUAAGUUUUGGGGAAUUCGCAAAGAUAAGUCACUGUUUCUUUGUUUACUUGGAAUUCCAAAAUGCGGGCUGGUUUCAUACGAUUGCACAUUGCGUAGGACAUUUUUGACUUGAGGGCUCCCUCAUGCCCACCCUAACUCUUCACAGCAGCAAAAUCUUUUUCUCCGGAAGGAACAAAAGCUCAAUUUUUCGGAAAAAUUAGAAGAAGAAGAAGAAGAAGAAGAAAACUGGGUGUUAAUUCAUUGCUGCUAUGGUCGGCCGCCAUUGCCGGUCAACUCCACGACCUCCAUUAAAUCCUCAAAAUCCAGUCUGGGAUCUGUUUGCAUAUCCAUGUGCGGGAGCAAAUCCAGCACCGCCGUGAUCGAACGCAAAAGUACCAAACCCAGAAGUCCAAGAGCCCCAAGACAUUCCAAAUCGUCAUCCUCCACCACCGCUGGCGGUGCCACCGACCCAUCAUCUUCUUCCUCUGGCAGUUCCUUCAUCUUCAAUUUCAACAGCGAUUCAAGCUACUUCAAGGGCUUGUCUUCCUUCUCCAAAUCCUCAUUCUCAAACCAGGCUUCUCGCUCCAGCAUCAAAGCCUCUUUGCCCGAAAACCCCCAUAUCUAUGACUUCUCUGAAAUCUGCUCUGCCACUGGGAAUUUCCUCCGUAAUCGAUACUCUUCCUCUUCUUCAUCUACCUCCUGGCGGUGCUCGAUUCGCGGCAAGGAUGUGAUCGUAUUCCAGAGGAAAUUUCGCCGUCCGAUUGAUUUCCCGGAGCUUCAGAAUAGAUUGUCGACCAUUUGUCGGAGCCACCAUAGCAGUCUGGUCAAGCUUUUGGGUGCUUCAGUUUCGGGGAAUUACAUCUAUCUCGUCUAUGAUUUCGUUAUUGGAUCGAAUCUUGUGGAUUGUCUUCGAAACCCCAAAAAUCCAAGCUUCACCGUGCUCUCCACCUGGCUUUCUCGGAUGCAAAUCGCCACCGACCUCGCUCACGGACUCGAUUACAUCCACCAUUGUUCUGGGUUGCAAUCGAACUUCGUUCACAACCACAUCAAGAGCUCCAGCAUCAUAGUCACAGAGGAAUCCAUGGCCGCCAAGAUCUGCCACUUCGGUACCGCCGAGCUCUGCGGCGAGAACAGCCGAGCUUCGGAUUCACAAGACGAUAGCGAUGACGAUGGAGAAAUCAAGAGGGACAGGAGUGGCAAAAGGGAAUUGAAGAGGUUGGGAAGCAAAGCGAUGAAGGUGGAGGGGACGAGAGGGUACAUGGCGCCGGAGUUCCAGUUCACCGGGAUUUCAACCCAUAAAUCCGAUGUGUACGCAUUUGGGGUGGUGAUUCUGGAGCUGAUUUCGGGGAGGGAAGCGUUGAAGUACUUGAUGGAGGAAGGGGACGGAGGUGGGUAUCGGCGGGUGAGCGUGAUCGAGACUGCGAGAGCUGCCGUGGAAGGUGGUGGUGGGGAGGUGAGGAAGUGGGUGGAUAAGAGGUUAAGGGACUCGUUCCCGGUGGAGGUGGCGGAGAAGAUGAUGCAGGUGGGAUUGGAAUGCGUGGAGGAGGAUCCGGAUAAGAGACCGGAUAUGGGUCGGGUCGAUAUGUUGGUUUCGAAGCUGUUUUUGGAGUCUCAGAAUUGGGCGGAGAAGAUGGGUACACCGCCGACUCAAUUUUCGUUUUCCUUGGCGGGUCGGUGAUAGAUAGUAUUUUGGAUUCUGAAUUUUUUUUGAGAUUGGAUUGUUUUCUUUGAGUUCAAUUUUUCUCUAAAUUUAAUGUUGCUAACACAGGCUUGAUUUAUUUUCACAAUUUUUUCUUUUUGAUAUUUGAUUAAUUUUCACAAUUAGGGACGAGCUUAUACAUGCUGUAUAUGUUGUGUAUAAUAGUUACUCACAAGACAUAAAAUGUAAUUUCAUUCUUGUUUUGCUUUAUAAGCUAUUUUGUUGAGAAAAAGAGAAGGAAAUUAUUGUU